AUGUCUGUGGCGGAGCUGCAGUCCCACAAUCCGGUGGAAACAGGAAGCAGCGGAGGUCUUCUUCCGCACACCAGUGAGGCAGAGAGCUCAGACGACUGGCGACUUCGGCAGCUGGACCUCCAGCUGUCGGAGCUGUCACGGCAGUGGCUGUCUUCGAGUGUCUCUGACCAGCUGCAUGCUGCCGCGCCUUCCGAAACCGCUGCUGACGCUCACCGCAGACAGAAACGCAGCUGCCAGACGGGUCUCUUCGGCUUCAACACGUACAACUUCCUCACCUUCAUGCUGCUCGCCUUCAACGCCGUGGCCAACGUCAUCAACAACAUCAACAACAACAACCGCAACAACAAUAACAACAACAACGACAACAUCAACUCCAACAGCAACAAUGUGGCGACCAACUCUGCCAACGGUAAUCAGAUCAUGGUGAUCAUUCCGCCACUGGUGGGCCGCCGACGCCGCUCGGCUCCGGACGGCUCCUGUCGGCUCCGGCGGCUCCUGGUGCAGCGCUCCGCGGAGCUGCGGAGCCAGCUCCCGCGGCUCCUGACGGCGCAGGGAGCGUGCCGCACUGGCUUUCUCGGCUUCAACACCUAUAGCCUGCUGACGACGAUCCUGCUGGUCUUCAACGCCAUCGUCAACACGCUGAAUAACAUCAACAAUAACAACAACAACAAUAACAACGACAACAACGACAAUGUGAACGUGAAUGCCAACAACGCCGAGUCGAACUCUAACUCGAUGUCGAUGCUGGUUGUGGUGGUGCCCGGGGGACGCUGA